AUGGCGGCUACGUGGCGGCCAAUGGUCGCAUUCUCUUUUACAAUGACGAUUAUGUCCGCGGGGAAUUUGACAGUCUGUUUAUACAAUAUAAACAAAUUGAAGAUGUUUAACCAGCACGUGGUACUUUUUCUGUCUGUGUGUCUGUGUGCUGUGUCCGCGGUACCUGUUGGUUUGUUGCCACCUAUACAGAAUGCUGCUCCAGAUCCAGGUCGACUGGCAGGAGUUGUCACCAGUACAUAUCCCGCCAACUUCUACAGAUGGCUGCUUCAGCUCUUCACUCAACGAUCCUUCGUCACAUGGCUGGGGCGGACACGUGGUUUAAACUUUCAGCCCAGGGCGAGCCCUUUCAGUGGUGGCACCAGCGAUCUUUCCACAGGAGGUACCAGAGACCCUGUCCUGACAGCAAGACUUGAAGAAGGCGACCCUCGAGUGUCCAAACUGAAGGUCGUCCGUGAUUACUUACCUCCCGCGUCUCUGCCCAAGACCAUCACCGCCCCGAAACCAACCGUCCAGAGAGACUUCCAGGCAAAUGACAUCAUAAUCCCCCAGACCGCCGAACCUAAGAAAGGGCCAGGCAUCAUCCAGAUCCCUGUUUUGUCACUGAAAGGAUCCGGGGGACUUGUUGACGAUUCCCCCACUCCCUCCCCGGCGACCUUACCGGGAGACUUAGUGAUCAUUAGAGACCAUCUGAAGAAAGACACCACUGUGGAGCCAAGCUCUGCCACAGCUAAGCCGUUUCAUUCCAGGUUGUCCGAGUCCAAACCAGCGACAGAGGAAGCCAUUAGUAGGGAGCAAACAGUAACACGUACAGGCGUUCAAAAAACAACUUCCAGCAAUCUCGAAGACUUUAAGGUGGAGCGUGACCAGGAAUUACUCAGUCUGAGCCAAGAAAAAUCUACCGUUCAAGUCACCAUUCCCCUUACGGAAAAGCAUAGCGUUUCAGUGGAUAAUGAAGACCUCCGUGAACUUUCUGUUCAAAGAGAUCGUAAAGGGAGUUAUCACUCCAACACCCUCCCUCCAGACCUUGUGAUUAUUCGGGACAGUGUAGCAGACGAGGAGAGCGGCCAUUUUGUCACUACUCGGGGAGUAACCGAGCCCGGGGUGGCAUUCUCAACACAACCGGUUGGAAGUGGCAUCAUAAUAUUGUUGCCAAGCGGCGGGAAAAAAUAA